UUGUUGUUAACCUUCUCUUCCGCCGCCGUCCAAUAGAGAAAACUUCUAUCGGAGAGAACUUUCAAGAUGUCGACUGGAUUAGAUAUGUCUCUCGACGACAUGAUCGCCAAGAAUCGCAAGUCUCGCGGAUCUGGAUCUGGAUCCGGAUCCGGAUCGGGUCCGAUUCGUCGCAACAACCCUAAUCGUAAAUCAAACCGAUCUGCUCCAUACCAAUCUACAAAGGCGCCGGAGUCCACGUGGGAGCACGACAUGUACUCCUCCGAAGGUGUCCCUUCUCGAUCAACCCGUUCUUCCGCCGGAAUCGAAACCGGAACGAAGCUCUACAUAUCCAACUUGGAUUACGGUGUCAUGAACGAUGACAUCAAGGAACUGUUUGCUGAAGUUGGGGAGCUUAAACGCUACACUGUUCACUUUGACAGGAGUGGGAGAUCAAAGGGAACUGCUGAAGUUGUAUACUCUCGUCGUGGUGAUGCGAUCGCAGCUGUGAAGAAGUACAACGACGUUCAGCUAGAUGGAAAGCCUAUGAAGAUUGAGAUUGUGGGAAACAAUCUUCAAGCUGCUUCUGCUCCGUCUGGUAGACACGGGAAUGCAAACUUCAAUGGUGGUGCUUCAAGGCGAGGAGGACAAGGGAGAGGUGGUCAACAACGUCGUGGUGGUGGUGGUGGUGGUCGAGGAGGUGGCCGUGGUCGUGGUGGGCGUUCUGGCAAGGGCCCAGCAGAGAAGGUAUCUGCUGAAGAUCUUGAUGCGGAUCUUGAUAAGUACCACGCAGGAGAUAUGGAUACUAACUGAGGAAUGUGGCUGGUGUCUUCUCAAACCGCAAGUGGGGUGUAUGAAGAUGAGAAGCUAGAAAAACUUUGGCCAGAGGCUUUACCACUGAGCCUCUUUCAUGGCCGUAUGUUGUUGAUUUGUUUCAUUAGAAUUACUCUUUAGAUCCAAACUGUGUUUACUAUGAGAUUGUUGUUUUUAUCUCAAUACCCUCAACUACAAGGCAGAGAGAAACGAAAACGAGUUUUAUCUUCACAAGCUAGGUUACUGUUACAAACUAAGAUGAUGAUGAUUUAGCUGUAUUUUACCUGUCAUCUUACUCUAGGUUAUGCUGGGUGACCCAACUAAUCAAAAAGUAGAGUCUUAGGCUCAACUUUCUGUUUGUUUGUUUUAGGUCUUAGC